AUGUUCGCCUUCUUCGAUUCGGCCACUGUGGAUCGUGUAAUCCAGGCUUUGCCGCCCGUCGGAAUUGGGAUCAAGUACAACCUGCCUCAGGCGCGCAAGUCAACCUCGGCGACCCCGGCCCAACUGUUCGCGCAGUCAAGCCUCACCCAGCGCUGGCAGCAACGGGAGAUGUCCAACUUCGAUUACCUCAUGUACGUGAACACAAUCGCGGGACGCACUUUCAAUGAUCUCAACCAGUACCCCAUUUUUCCGUGGGUUUUGGCCGACUACACCAGCAGCCAACUAGACCUCAGUCAGCCGGCUAGUUUCCGCGACCUAUCUCGGCCGAUUGGCGCAUUAAACGUGGAGCGGAAGGCGUUCUUCGACCAGCGAUACGCGGAAUGGGAGGAUGAGACACAGGCUCCCUUCCAUUAUGGCACUCACUAUAGCACAGCCGCUUUUGUACUCAACUACCUGGUUCGGAUGGAGCCGUACACGACGCUCUUUCUCAACCUGCAGGUAAAUCGAAAAACGGCCAGUUAG